GUACACUUCAGCUGAAAUGCGACAGAGAAUUGUCAAGCGCUUGUCUCAAAUUUGUUAGGGUUUGAUCUUAAGGUUCAAAAUACAGCAAAAUGAUUCAGGAAUAUGAACCUGAUCCUGGAGAAGGCGAUGGCCAAGCAGCAAGUGACCUACCAAGUUACGAGCAUGAAAUCGUCAAUGCCAAGGCAUUUCUUCAGAUGGCCAGCUCCAGUACGGGAGACAAUCUAUAUGAUCACUUGACUGAAGUCCUCAACAAAAUCCUGGCAGAAAGACCUGAAAACAUAAUCGAUUUCUUCGAAGAGUAUAGCCGAAAAAUUAAAGAGAGAAGAUUCAAGCCGAUGACGGAUCACUUGGAGGACAUCUACGUACCGCCUGGUAGAUACGAUCUGGCUAGCAAAAUGAUGCCUCUAUUGAGACCGCUUCCGCCAUCUGAACCGUCAACCGUCGAUCCAGAAGAUCUGGAAAUGGCCGACAUGUCAAAAAAUAAUCUCCUGGAACUACUUUAUUAUUCCGAACAUUGCGGAGUUGGACUGCCGAGAUCGGAAAUGUUUUUCAUCAUGUUGUCGAUCCGUAAGCUGAUUCACACAGAGCCCGUAUCAUCUAUAAGAUUUUGGGGCAAGAUCUUCGGCACCCUCAAAAACUACAUAGUGGUGGAAUGCGAGCUCAAAGAAGAGGAAUAUAUCAAGAGGAACGAGACCUAUCAACUGCAACAAGAACAAAAACCUCCCCCUCCAGAAUCUCCGAAAGAAAUGUCUGCGUCAGAAAGCGAGAUGGCCGUAGCUUUGGCGAACAUCGCUAAGCAACAGCAGUUGCCUGGCGAAGGAGGGGGAAAGUUCCCUAGGCCUUUGCCCCCGGCACCUGUCAUACAGCACGAGGAGUUGCCCGAACCUCCACCCGAACCUGCUGGAGUUGGAGUUAACAAAAAGGUCUAUUAUGUCUGCAAUGGUCCAGGUUACCCGUGGAUCCAACUUCCUGACAUCACCCCAAAACAAGUGAGAGUAGCAAGACAGAUUUACAAGUCCUUCACAGGUAACUUGGAUGCAGCGAUCUGUUCUUAUCCAGAAUUUCCCGGCACUGAAAGGGAAUUCCUUCGAGCUCAGAUCGGAAGGAUUUCUGCAGGUACCCAUAUAUCUCCUCUCGGCUACUACACCUUCGGAUCUGGAAUGGGCGGAGAGGGCGAUGAAGAUGAAGAAGCUGAAGAAGCACCUGGAGGAGAGAGCAAAACUUCCUUUAGAACAAACCUCAAAUAUGACCCUCCUCAGCUGAAAGAUCUGCUGGAUGGCUCAAUGUCCUUUUGGGUACACCACGCCCAGUACAUACUUCCACAAGGACGCACGUCGUGGUGGAACCCCAAUCCGAUGCCCGACGUAGGGGAUGAAGAAAUGGACGAAGAAAUGGGAGAAGAAGAUGAAGAUCAAGGUGAUAAACAGAAAAUCCAAAGAGUGGAACCUGAAACUGGUCCUCCACUUUUAACUCCUUUAUCUGAAGAUGCCACUAUGGAAGGGAUUCCACCCUGGAGCGUUAGGAGUAGUUCGAACAUAAUAGAGAACUUCGCUAUAGCUGUUAUAAGAUCCAACCUUUGGCCAGGAGCUUACUGUUUCAGCACACAAGGAAAAAUGUUCCAAAACGUUUAUUUAGGUUUCGGUCUGAAGUACCUCCCUCAAAAUUACUCGCCGCUUCCCCUACCCGCGGUGCAACAAGAAUAUCCUAGUGGUCCAGAGAUCAUGGAGAUUAUGGAUCCCACAGGUGCUGAGGAGGAGCAAUGGCGAAUUGAUCAUCUGCCUAAACCAAAGCCGGUCCUACCUGAAGGAGAAGAAGCAGAACCCGAGGAAGCAGAAGAAGAGGAAGAAGAAGAUGAAGAUGAGGAUUAAAAUUUACAAUUUUAUUUUUUCACUGUGAAAUAGUUGACUGUUGAAUAUUUUUCUUAAGUGAAAAAUUAUUAUACGCAUACACAUUUUACAAUAAAAGGUGUUAAAAGGUUU